AUGCCGGAAAACGGGCCCAGCUCCAUAGCGUUCCCCGGUAAUCGCGGGGUGCUAUUCCGCACGCCGCGUUGGGCCAAGCCCCUUCCGCAGAGCCACGGGCCCACUCCGCUCCCGGGCAGCUUCCAGCCUCACCCACCUGCCACUUCCGGUCGUGCGGGGCGGGGCCAGAGGGACCGGAAGCGCCAGGAGAGAGGCGGCGGCAGCGCCGGAAGCAGGGGCUUGGGGGUGGGUGCAGGUCAGCUGGGCCGGAACUUCCGGGAAGGACGGGAUACCACCAAGGAAUAUGAGUUUGGCUUAGGGGCUCCAGUUUCUGAAGCUGAAAAAUAUCAGAAUACACUCCAGCUAGAACAAGAAGAGAGAAAUCAAGAUAAAUUCAUCCUUACCCUCAAAUUACAGAUUGAAGAUCUCAAACAGACAAAUCAUGACUUGGAAGAAUAUGUUAGGAAACUCUUGGAUAGUAAAGAGGUGGUAAGAAGUCAUAUAGAUGAUUUGACCAACCACAAUGAGCAUCUCUGUAAAGAAUUGAUUAAAGUCGACCAACUAGCAAGGCAACUAGAAAACGAGAAAAAUUUUGUGGUGGAUACUGCUGACAAGGAACUCGAAGAAGCAAAGAUUCAACUCAUUUGCCAGCAAAAUAAUAUAAUAGUAUUGGAAGAUACAAUUAAAAGACUUAGAUCUAUAAUUUUAGAGACUGAAAAAACAAAGACUAUUAUAAGAACGAAGCUCAGCUCCUAA